AUGCUGCAAAGAGAAAACAAAGCUUCUAACUUUGUACUUAUUAGUUUGCUUGACUUAGAAAACGGUCAGAUGUGUGCCCCAAUUAAACGAGGCAGUUUUCAAAAUUCUGAAGUUUGUCUUGGCAACAUUCAAACUAAUUGUGAUCUUAGAAUACACAGCAUUGGAUGUGUUUUAUGUGAAUACAACAGUAUUGAGAAUGCGGAACUGACCUGUAAAUGUGGGAUGAAUGCUAAAAAGUGA